AUGCGGCCCCCAUCCAAACUGCUUUGCCUAACGAUUCUCACGAGUUGGACGGCGCAGGUUAGAUGCGCCGCUGAUGCUUCUGAAGAUGCUUGUCCGAUAUCACCGAAGGCGAUAGUAUCCGACGCGUGUGCCUCUUAUGCGACUCUCGAGCGCCUGAACACCCAAGUCAAGCCGGCUAUUGAUGAUCUGACGAAGACGACCGACUUCUUCUCCCACUACAGAGUCAACCUUUUCCACAAGGGAUGUCCGUUCUGGAACGAUGAGAAUGGCAUGUGUGGCAACAGGGCCUGUGCCGUAGCCACCCUCGACAACGAAGAGGAUAUACCCGAGGUCUGGCGAGCCGAAGAGCUGAGCAAACUCGAAGGCCCCAGGGCGAAGCAUCCAAAUAGGAGUGUACAAAUACAGAGGCCUGAGAAGCCCCUCGGAGGCGACUUGGGAGAGGAUGUGGGCGAGAGUUGUGUCGUCGAAUACGAUGACGAAUGCGAUGAACGAGAUUAUUGUGUGCCGGAGGACGAGAGCGCUACUUCCAAGGGCGACUACGUUAGCCUCUUGCAGAACCCUGAGAGGUUCACGGGUUACGCUGGCGACGGCGCGAAGCAGGUGUGGGAUGCCAUCUACCGGGAGAACUGCUUCCAGACUAGUUCUUUCCCCAAGUCAUCCCAACCCGGAGUAUCAGACUGGACACCCAAGGGUCCCGCGGCCUUCGAUUUCAAACAUGUCCUCGAGGUCGCCGGUCGACAGCAUGCCCUGGAACAGAAACGCCAGGAAAACCCCAACACGCCCUUCGUCUCUCAAACCGGUCUCGAGCUCGAAGACCAAUGUAUCGAGAAGCGCGUGUUCUACCGGGUCAUUUCCGGCAUGCACGCGAGUAUCAGCACGCAUCUCUGCUGGGACUUCUUGAACCAGACCACUGGCGAAUGGACGCCCAACGUCGCGUGUUACGAGAACCGACUUCAUAAAUUCCCCGACCGUAUCAGCAAUCUUUACUUUAACUACGCUCUCGUCACCCGGGCCAUUGCGAAGCUGGGCCCGUACCUUCAGGAUCCCGAUUACGUCUUCUGCACUGGUGACAAGCAGCAAGACGCGGAAACUAAGGCGAAGAUCAGGGCCGUGACCGACGCGGCGUCUAGCGUACCACAGAUCUUCGACGAGAGCCUCAUGUUCAAGAACGGCGAGGGCCCGUCCCUGAAGGAGGACUUUAGAAACCGGUUCCGCAACGUCAGCAGACUGAUGGAUUGCGUUGGCUGUGACAAGUGCCGACUGUGGGGUAAGCUCCAGACGGCGGGCUACGGCACGGCGCUGAAGGUGCUUUUCGAAUUCGAUAACGAGAGCAACGAGAUCCCGAGACUUAAGCGCACGGAGCUCGUGGCUCUUUUCAACACCUACGCUCGUGUCAGCAGCUCUCUGAAUGCCAUUGGUCAGUUCCGAGCCAUGGUUGAGAAGCCUCAGUCUCCAGAGGAUGCGGUUUCUUGGACUGUCGACCCAUCCCUCGAGGACGAAUCAACGCAUGGGAAUGCUGUCGAGCCGGAAACAGAUUUAUACGAGGGUGUGAAAGAGGAUGCGAGAGAGAAACCGAAAUCCAAGCAAGAGCGUACAAUUAGGGACGAGUUUGACCUUGAGUUUGCGAGGGUAUGGAAGGCAUUCAAGAUUGUCAUUGGGUCAUGGAUCCGGCUUCCCGGUCUCCUAUGGAACAUCCUGAAGUCUGAAUUGAGCCGACUCUACGAAUUCUACGUCGGAUUGCCCGUCAGCCCCCGAAUUUGGACUAUCAAGUUCCCUCGCCCAGACGAGCUAUAG